AGAAAGCCGUUGACAUCUAUCGCCGAACACCGCCCGAACAAGUCAUGACACCGCCACAAAAUGCUUGGUAAACAACUCCAGUGUAGAUCGGACUUGUGUUUUAGGUUAUUGGAUAUAUUUAUGUAUUUCCGGAUAUCAGAUAUUUUAUAAGAUAUAAGGAGCAGACAUGUUCCAGAUAUGCAUGUCCGUAAUUUCAUAUACGCAGCAACAAUAUUCUCUUUAAUGGAUUGAUGGGACAGUUUCUACGUGCAUCCAAUCCGGACCUCAAAAAUCUCACUGCUACUGUAUGAGUCCAGGGAUAUAUCUGAGCAUGGAUAAAGACAGUAUGGAUGUGAACCAAGAGCUGACCAAGCUGAAGACUAAAAUUCAAGAGACCAGGGAGAAGAUCCUAGCCAUGCCUGAGAUAGAGUCCAGUCCUGGGGAGCAACAGGAGCAGCUGAAGACCAUGAGAGAGAAGGUGGACACCAAGACACAGCUUCUACAAAAAUACAAGGGCCUCUGUGUGUUUGACUCUCCCAAAUCAUAGUGGGAUGGGGACAACAUUUUGGUGAAUGGAUUAUCAGGGCAUGGACCGAAAAGACUAAGUAUGGCAUCCAAACUAAUUUAGCUAGGUUUCACUGUUGUUUAACGUCAAGUUAAAUAAUGGUGAGUGCAGCGUUCAGUCUGGUUUAACCAGGCUACAAAAGACUGACCUUUUUAUGCCAAAUGUGUUCAUCAUUCAGUGAGUUCAUAGCCUGGCUUCUUUCAAUUUAGAUAAGUACUGACUGUUUGAUAUCGCGCAAUUGUAGAACAGAAUUAUUAUCAAUAAGAAGUGUUAAAUAGUGUAUAUUUAGCUGAUUUUAUUGUUGUAUUGUAGAAAUAAACACAUUUCAUUGGG